AUGAAGCUGGUAAGGUUCUUGAUGCGAUUGGCCAACGAGUCAGUGGUCGUGGAGCUGAAGAAUGGCACUAUGAUCCAAGGUACCAUCGUGGGGGUGGACGUGGCCAUGAACAUGCACCUGAAGAAUGCCAAGAUGACCGUCAAGGCACGGAACCCGAUAAAUGUGGAUAACAUCACCAUCCGGGGCGCUACCAUUAGGCUAGUCCUCAUAUCAGACUCGAUACCUCUGGAUACGUACCUUAUUGAUGAUGGCACCUCCAAGGUGAAGACUGCCGAAACGAACACUAAAAGGAAGUCCAGGACGCGUUAA